AUGACGACGACGACGGCGAUGGUCUCACGCACUGCCAGUGCAACCACCACCACCGCGACCAUUCCAAGAAGAGGAAGAAGAACGAAGACCGAUCCAGCUGGCAUAAAAUUGACGAGUACGAGAAGAAGAUUUAUACGUGCUCGAGAUGGGACGCUCGAACAAAGAGAACCGAGAGGAGAGGAUGAAAGAAACGCAGCAUUCACUGCUAAGCGAACGACGAGAAGAGAUGCCAAGACGCAGGCGACGAAAACGAGAUCUUCUUACGAAGCUGGCAUUCUCGUCGGAGGUGAAAAUAUUUUCAAAGACAACUCCCACGUGGUGCACUACGGAGAAGUGUGCGACUCAGACGACGACGACGACGAUGAAGGAAAAGGAACAUCGAGAAGGAAACGACGAGAUCCACUAGCCUCGCUUGCUCGAAAAGCUGAAAGUAAAAGUAGCGAGAAGAAGGCAAAGAAGCAGGAUAAAGCGAGAGAGAAAGCUAUGCGAGGUCUGGAAAAUUUAAUCUUGAACGCCUCGGGGAGCGAUGGAAUGAAGGCGAGGAAGAAGUAUAAGAUGAAAAAGAAGAAGAAAGGAGGGAGUUCAUCGUCUUCAUCUUCGAGUAGUAGUAGUAGUAGUAGUAGUAGCAGCAGCAGCAGUAGUAGCAGUAGUAGUAGCAGUAGCAGUAGUAGCGACUCCUCGGAUUCAGAGUGCGAGCGAGCAGGACGCCGAAAAGGUGGCGGCGGCGGCGGCGGAAAGAAGAAAAAGGGCAUGAAGAAAUUGAAAAACACCAUGCUUUCUCUCGGAAUGGGAAAGAAGAAAAAGAACAAGAGAGGUAAAACGACGAUUUCGCAAGCUGCAAUCGCCGAGGGUGCGAACAUUCCGGACAACGAAGUUGAAGAACCAGCUGGAUUGGCGUCGUUAGGGGCCUGUCCUUUACUUUCACCGCUUGUCCUAGGUGAAGGCAUCAUCCCGGUCGCUACUUUGGAAGUGUGCACGGGGAAAUACUGCCGUAGGAACGGCGCAUACGCCAUCGCCGAGAGCCUGAAGAAUGACCUGCCUUCAAAUUGGCCCUGCGAAACAUCCGCUGGAAGGUGCAUCGGAGGAAAGUGCAGAAACGGCGUGAACAUCGCCGUGCAAUCUUCGUUGGGGUACGAAAAGUUUGCUGGAAUGGAUCUCGCGACGGCACGCUCCGUUUUCAUACCGAUGGCAUUACGAACGAACGAGAUUAAUGGCACCACCGACGAAGGCGAAGGAUUUAUUCCAAUGCCAGGAAAGGCGCCGUCGUCGGCGGCGGUGAGUCAAUCUGUCGACAGCGACGCACCUCCGGGAUACAUGCCAAAGAUAAAUUAG